GAGUUCGGCAAAACUGCAAAACUUCCAUGCAAGGCGCCACCUGUCCCCUCCCUCCUCCUUCCCUCCUUUCUUCCUUCCUCCCACACUGCAAUGACGCAAUCGCUCAGUUUUAUUGCAUUUUACAAACAACUCGUCAAUUCAUACACCUUCGUUCGUUCUUCAUCCACUGCUAGCUGCUGCUGGGAAUCAGUCGAUCGAAAUCCACAACCUGAUCGAUCCGUUUCAUCUCAUCGAUCGUUAUUGCUCUCCGUUCCGUAGUACUGGUCGAUAUAUAUAUAUAUAUAUAUAUAUAUUAUAGAUCAAUAAUUAUGGUGAAGCUAGCUUCGGCGAGGGAGAGCCGGAUGUACGGCCCACGGCUAGCCAGGGACCGGUUCGAGUACAUUAACGCCGGCCUCUAUGUCUUCUCCGCGAUUGUCCUCCUCGGCGGUUUCCUAGCCGAGCUAUCCAAGGAGCCAAAGUCGGGCCUCGUCAUCAUCCUCAUUGCACUGGCGAUAAUACUCUUCGUCAACGUCCACGACCUGAUCGCGCACCUCGCUGGGAUUGACUGCCGGCUGCCAUUGAUGGAGUUCGAUGUGCAGCUCGCCCUCGUGGAGUUUGCGGUCCCACUUGUCCAGGCUGCUGGGUCCCUGCUCAUGUUGCUCGGGAUACUCUUUCUCUUCAUACAGGAGGAGAAAGGAUAUGGGUACUUCAAGUUGGAGAAGCACGCGUUGAACAUGCUCGUCGCAGGGCCCGCCCUGUGGCUCCUUGGCUCGGUCCACAACUCGUGCCAGAUCUACGAGAGGGCUGAUGGGCACGCCCAAAUAUUGCAACAGACCGUCCACAUCCCGUUCCUGAUGGGAAGCCUGCUGCUCCUCGUCGGUGCUAUCACAAAUAUGCGAGAACAGGCUAGGACGGUCCACCACGGCACGAACCUGAUGGGAAGGACAUUUACAUGGUUUGGCAUCAUCGGUAGCGUGAUGCUUAUAAUUGGGGGAUUAGCGAACGUGGUCAAAGUGUUUAAGAUGCAACAGGGCGGACUUCGGCUCGAGAAGCUGAGGGGAGGGGCUCAUGAGCUUCUGCUUCAAGAAAGGGAAGGCCAAGUCCCUUUAAUCCUGGAGGAGCAGGGGAGGCGGCGGCGGCAGGCCGAGGAGCUAUCGCAGGCAACCGCUGCCCAAGCGGCAAGGGAGACAGCUGCACCGGCUGUGAGUACUCCUUAUAAGGAUGUUCUUGUUGGCCAAAGCUAAAAAAGGGUUCAGAAUGUAUUCAAUACAACCAUAGCGACUAUACUGUACGUAGCUCUUAUUUAACCUCGAUUGGUCUGGAUUAAAUUUAUGUUUCGGUGCAAGGCUUCGAAAUUUUGCAUGCUAUUUCUUGA